CCCAAGGCACACAAACCGGGCCUACCACUGAGACCUGUUGUACCGUGCAUGACCGCACCGACGAACGAGCUCUCCAAAUUCGUCGCGAAGGUGUUACAGAACUCUAUCGUCAGCAAGUACAACAUCAAGGAUUCCUACUCCUUCUGCGAUUACGUCAAUUCGAUCGAACUUCCGGAAGGAUACAUCCUUGUCUCGUUUGACGUGGUAGCACUUUUCCCGUCCAUCCCCAAAAGCCUCAUGAAGCAAAGCAUCUUUAAACACUGGGACGAGAUCAAGAAAAACACGCCAAUUUGUCUCGACCUGUUCUGGGAAGUAGCAGAAUUCUGUAUAGAUGCCAGCUAUUUCAUGUUCGAAGGAGCGUACUACCAGCAAAUCUUCGGUACCGCAAUGGGAAACCCACUUUCGCCGAUUAUUGCGGAGUACGUGAUGGAAGACCUUCUCGAUAAUGCCGUUGCCGCCAACACGGUCGUGAUUCCGUUCCUGAAAAAAUACGUUGAUGACCUGUUUCUAGCACUUCCACUCGAAAAGGUUGAAGAUGUUCUCAACGUCUUCAAUCAACAAAACGAACACAUUCAGUUCACCGUCGAAAGGGAGGAAAACAGCAGACUACCGUUCCUCGAUAUGCUGCUGGUACGCCAAGAAAACCGCACAAUAAAAACGGAAUGGUACAGGAAGGCAAUUGCGUCGGGUAGGUUCCUGAACUACCACUCAGGACAUCCAAUAAGCAUGAAGAUGAACGUCGCCUUCAAUUUUGCAAAACGGGUGCUCCGAUUCUCGACAAACAUCAGCCUGAAACAAGCAAAAACGAUAAUUUUCGGGCUUCUGAGGUUGAAUGACUACCCUUCAAACAUCAUCAACCGAGUAAUACAUCGCGCAAGUGGAAAUCCGACCAAUGGAACAGCUAUGGAAGUGAGUAGCAACGAAAAUGAUCAGGAAGAACCAACAAAAACAUACUACUCACUCACAAACAUACACGGUCUAACACAAACAAUAACAAAAACAUUGCGUCGGGAAUUCCCAAAUGCACAUAUAGCAAGCAAGCAGCACACAAACAUUGGCUCGCUACUUCCAACAGUAAAAGAUCGUACACCGAUAGAAGACCGUCACAAUGUUAUCUAUCAGGUGGACUGUGCCGACUGCGAUGCUUGCUAUAUCGGUAUGACUACUCAGAAGCUCAAGGCACGACUAUCAAAACACAAAUCGAACAUGACAAAACUACAAACACUACAGAAUGAUGGUCACACAACCGAAGAUGCUGCUAUCCAGGCAAUAAUGGAAACAACGGCGCUCGUAAAUCACGCAGCCUUGAAGAAUCAUACGUUCAAGCUCGGUGAAGCCAGGAUUUUGGACACUACACACAAAGGAAGAAAUUUGCCGAUCCUGGAGAGCUGCCACAUAAACAACACUUCAAACACAAUAAACAAACGGACGGACACGGACAACCUUCACAUCGCUUAUGCAGGGGUUUUGCAUUGGAUGAAGAAUUUUCAGCAAAACCGAAGAACACGAAAUGCCUGAUCAAAACAAACAUGAAAAAUUGAUUGUAAACACACACACAUACACACUCACGAUCGGGAAACGUUUUAUUUACUCACACCAAAACACUAAAGAUCUCACACACACUCUGGAAUAGGAAUCAGAAAUAGAGCCAAAAAGCAAUGGUGCUAGAUCAAGUGCCGGGUACCAGAUUCCAGCUCAGCUUAAACAAGAGCUUUUCCACGGUUAGGCUUACACCGACACCGUCCGUUUUGGCGAGGGAAAACUCUGAACCGACAUUUACACGUUCCACAGAACCACACUGGACGAAAAAUCUGUAAAAUUCAGUAAAAAUUGAAAAGUUUGAAAUUUUGUAAUUUUGUCUAAUUGAUUUAAUAAAUAAUCUUUUAGAGUCCCAGAAGAAGGUCCCAAACGGACCGAAACGUCGGACAAGAUAAAAUAGCAGUAUUUUUAUUUUUGUCAAGACUGGCAAGCCAU